CUCAAUCCCCCUCCCCUCCAUCCCUAAGCUGCACAGCUCCUUACAACCCCAGUGAGCCUGUCUGACACAGAAGGCAAGACAGCAUGUGUGUGUGUGUUUGUGAGAAAAAGAGAGAGACACAGAGGCAGCUGAUGGGAUUGUGAAGCAGCAAAGGCAAUCAGAAAGAGAGGGAGAGCACGUCAGCAAACAAAAGACAAGAGAGGCAGAGCAGGAGGAGAGGAGGAAGAAGAAGAAGGUAAAGGGUGAUGAGAAUCUACUGUGGUUGAUAGUUCAGGUGCCACCAAAGUCCAGGGAUGCGGUGACUAGAUGACCAGCCGCUGCACACACACCAGCAUCCUGUCCUGGAGCCUCGACAGGACGGACGAGAGGAAUCCACUCUCACUUUAGGGCAAGAACACUCUCCUCAACCCAGUCCCACAUCCACUGGAUCGUCAUGUCGUCCACUGGCUCAACCAACCACAACAAACGACUGGCAUCGGAGACAGGCAACUCUCAGAGGGCGUUAGACAACGAUUCUGCCCAGCACCUGAAGAUGAAGGAGAGACAGCGCUUCUUUGAAGAUGUCUACCAGCACGACAUUGACAACUACUUGCCCUCGUCUCACUUGCAGAUUGAUUCCAGGAAACCACCUAUGGGCAGUAUUUCAUCUAUGGAAGUGAAUGUGGACGUCCUGGAGCAGAUGGACCUGAUGGACAUAUCUGACCAGGAGGCUCUCGAUGUGUUUCUCAACUCAAGCUCUGGAGCAGAUGAAGGAGCUUUGGCGUCACCACUACCAGGAUGUUACAACGAAGAUGACGAGGAUGAAGACGCAGAGGUUGUGUACAGGGAGCGCGCUCCCUUGACGCGACAAAAUGAAGUUUGCCACGGCUCCAAGUCGCGCAUGUCCUCCACGUCAUCCGGCUCCAGUGAUACCAGCGGGGCCGGCGUCGACACACCCGUGAUCCAGUCCGACGACGAAGAAGUCCACGCUGACACUCUGCUGCUGACCUCUGUUCCCCAAACCAGGGAUGAAGAAACGGAGGAGGAGGACGAGGAGGAAAGAAAAUCCCCAUAAAUCCUCCCUUUCUGUAUACAGUGAAUGCUCAAUGGCCACUUUAUUAGGUACACAUGCCACAUAAUAAAAAAAAGUGGUCAUUGAGUUCAUUGACUGUCUCUCUUUACAUGUGGUAAACUUGGCAUGGUUGACUUGGCUACCAAGGGUUGUCUUAUCAUCAUCAUCAUUUCUUUAACUCUUUUAAGUUAAUUAACACUUUUACAGCAGUGAGUCACAUUACCCCGCACUAACACGUUCUGGUUGAGAUGACUGACAGUUGAAGAGUUGGUCUGUCCUCCUGCCAAGUUUGUGGCAUGAAACAAAGCACUACUGCCGAGCAGCCACAUGAUACUCGAUGGAACUGAUGGAAGUUUAACCAUAUUCAUUGAACAGAACACAGAUGUGGACAAUGAAAAGGAGAUAAAAUAGUUCAAAUAGUUGCAUUUAGGAUUCACUGGCAUUUAGAUUAAAAUAUGGAGCAAUCCCCUUCAAACCUACUUAUGAAAGAAAUAUGUGCUCUGUGAACUAAUUACAAACAAUCCUUCCAGACUUCAGUUAUGGUGCCAGGACAGUUUAUAUGGCAAAGUGAAAAAGAAAUUCCACACAUUCGUCAUGUGAUGACAGGAGAUCAACGUGAAUGAGGCACAGCGUGCGACACUCUCUUCUCGUUAACCCAUUUCUGCGUGCAUGUGCCAUUUGAGGUGUGGCCUGUAAAUGCAUGGCAUUUUGUUCUUGAGUACUUUGUAUGUUUUCAAUUCUGUAAGUACAGAGUGUUGCAUUGAUGGACUACUGCGUAGUAGUGAAGUCUGUGAGUUGUUUACAGUGGAGUGAGUGAUUUCCUCUGAGUGUACAUUUUAUGUCAGUUUGAAUGGGUGUGUCCUUAUAUGGGUGUGUGUGUGUGUGUGUGUGUGUGUGGUUGUGGAUCGCCAACAAAACAAAACAUGGUUUUCACAGUGUUAUACAUGUUGUGUAUUUCUUCUCCAUUUAGACAUCUUGUUGUGGACUGAAUGAUAAUAAACCUGUUGAAAUGAU